AUGGGCCGGCUCCGAAAGCUCGUCGCUUCGGCGCCCGCCGAGCCUCCCCCGUCGGUGCUCGAGCCGACCGUCGCGCUCGACGAGGUCGAGGAGGCGGCCGAGUGCAACGUCGUGCCGGUCCAGCCGCGCGUGUGGGCCGUCUCGGGCGCGCGCAUCGAGAAGGCCGCGGCGAUGACCAAUUGGGACUACCACGAGGCGCAGGAGCGGUUCCAGCGCAUCAUGGGGGCGCUCGGUGUCUCCGCCGCCCUUAAGCGGGCGGGCGCCGAGAAUGGCGACACCAUCAUGGUCGGAGCCGUCGACUUCAAGUACUACGAGGAGACGGCGAUGGCAGUGCGGGCGCGGCUUGCCGGCUACGGCGACCGCGAGGAGGAGGAGGAGCUUGGGGAAGGGGAGGGCUACGAGGCGGCUCGCGAGCGCGCGCGACGGAGAGCGGCAGUGGAUGCGGAGCUACUCGAGCUUCUUGAGAGCGAUGGCGAGGUGGAGCAGUUCUGA